AACCUCUGGAUUCCACACUGCCAGAACUAUCGAGAGGAGGUAAAGCUUCGAUCGAUCCAUUUCGCAUUGCGAUUUGCGGAAGAGGGAGGAGAAGAACGCCACGGUGGAAGAAUCGAGGGGAACCAAGCGGAGUGGCACCGACAGUCUUCAUCAUCAGGAGAAGAGAAGAAGGUACAGCAGCAGCAAUCGUUGCCACACUGAUUACACCGGUGAGGGCAGCAGGAGUGGAGAGGCGGCGGACGGAGAGAUGGGGGUGGAUUACUAUAAGAUACUCGGGGUGGACAAGAGCGCUAAGGACGACGAUCUCAAGAAAGCCUAUCGCAAGCUCGCCAUGAAGUGGCACCCCGACAAGAACCCCAACAACAAGAAGGAAGCGGAGGCCAAGUUCAAGCAGAUCUCGGAAGCUUAUGAGGUCCUGAGCGAUCCGCAAAAGCGCGCUGUCUACGACCAGUACGGCGAGGAGGGACUCAAGGGCCAGGUCCCCCCGCCGGGCGCCGGUGGUCCAGGAGGCGCCACCUUUUUCUCCAGCGGCGGGGACGGGCCGACCUCGUUUAGGUUCAACCCCAGAAGCGCCGACGAUAUUUUUGCAGAAUUCUUCGGGUUUUCCAGCCCGUUUGGUGGGAUGGGCGGCGGUGGUGGUAGCACCAGGGCCGGAUCCAGAUUUCCCGCGGGAAUGGGGAUGUUCAGUGAAGAUAUCUUCGGUUCUUCAUUUGGCACUGCCGGGGAGGGUGCAUCGAUGAGCUCUCAAGUUCCUCGAAAGGCAGCCCCCAUUGAGAAGCGGCUGCCGUGCAGCCUUGAGGAGCUGUACAAAGGGACCACCAAAAAGAUGAAAAUCUCCAGAGAAAUUUUGGACGCCAGUGGUAAAACAAUGACUGUGGAAGAAAUUUUAACAAUUGAUGUCAAACCGGGAUGGAAGAAGGGCACAAAAAUAACAUUCCCAGCAAAAGGAAAUGAAUCACCAAAUGUAGUUGCUGCAGAUAUCGCCUUCAUCAUAGACGAGAAGCCUCAUCCUCUAUUCAGCAGGGAAGGCAAUGAUCUGGUUACGACACAAAAGAUUUCUUUGGCGGAAGCCCUGACAGGUUACACAGCUCAUUUGACCACACUUGAUGGUCGAAGCCUCACCAUUCCCAUCAGCAAGGUCAUCCAUCCUGGCUACGAAGAGGUGGUGCCUGGAGAAGGAAUGCCGAUUCCCAAAGAUCCAUCCAGGAAGGGAAAUCUUCGCAUCAAGUUCGACAUCAAGUUCCCGACGAGGCUGACUGCAGAUCAAAAGGCUGGCUUCAAGAGAUUGUUGGUUCCAUGAGAAAAAUGAGAAUUUGAUAAUAUGCAGCUUCCAAGUUUAGAGCCAAGUACAUGGAUGUUAACUAAGAAAACAUGGUUUAUUAUCAUCUACUAUAUCACUUAAUGUUUGGUGGAUUUAUAUAAUGCAUUUUUCAAGUCAUAGAAUAAUGAGUCACAAA